AUGAGCCACGAAAGAGCCAACGGACUUGAUAAGAGGCCGUCACUUAUACUGGAUGUGUUUCUGGCGUUACGUGGUAUUCGCAGAGUUCUUUUGGGAAACGAUAACCCCGAUAAGAAGGAACCAAGUCGGACAGAAGAAUCGAUCCAGAGACCUAAACUAAGGGUUUUGGAGCCUAGUGUUGCAAGUACAGGUCAGAGUCAACGGUCACCACCAUCCCCACCACAACGAAUAUAUCAACAUCACCAACAGAAUCUGACGAAGUAUGAAUCACAAGACCGUUUUCGUUCUAAUUAUGAGGAUUCAUUUCAAUUUUUAAGUCUGCUAUAUGAUUUCAAAAGCAACCAAUAUUAUGACGAACAACAGAUAAAGUAUGAUGAUGUAAAAACUGAACAGGAUCAGAAGAUUCAAUCAAAUGCACAGGUUUCCUAUCUCAACCAAAUGACAUCUUUCAAACGUGAAAAAAGUAGAGAUAAGGUAAUCUCUGAUACCUCUUUGACUGAACAAAGCGAUUCCGAGCCUUUCAUUCCUACAAGCAAAAUGGCAAAGAGAUCUACAUCAUCAACACCUGCAGAGUUGGUAUCUCAAAUGAAGCAGACCAGUUCUAUUUCCAAGCAUGGAAACAAGUACGCCAAAUUGAACAAGCUCAAAGUACAUUGUAGUGAGUCGAUUCUGUAUCUAGAUCUAACUUCCGAUACUGAAACAGAUAGGCUGUCGCCAGUGCUGCUUUCUGUGUUGCUUCAACGCAAAAUAGAGUCCGAGCGUAGCAAUAUUGCACAUUCAUCUGAUGUACUCCAUAGAGAUGCAUUUUCCUCUUCAUCUGAGCAUGAAGCUGAAAUACUUAAAAAUGAGAAAACUCCAGAAUCAGCUAAGGUUAUUACGCACGAGAAAAGUCCUAUUAGAAUAAGUAAGAAGACUUCCCGAUCUAGAAUUCCAUUUGGAGAGAAACAGAGCCCAACUAUAAAAAGUAAGGGUUCAACUUUACAUUCUAGUAGUUCUCCAUUUUCAAAAUUACGGAUUAAAAGUAAAUUGGGUAAGAGUGGCUCCCCAGAAAACAGUACAAGUUCUGCAGGAGUAUCAUCUGAACAAGUCCAAAAGAAAUCCGACGAUCUACAAAGCGAAUUGAAUUUACAGAGGGCUUAUGCAGUGAAUGUUCAAGGAAAGCCUGGUUCACAAGGUUCUUCAAGCAAGGUUUCUAGCACAGCAAACUAUAUCAAACAUUUGCAGGCAAAUUCCCCGGUUCCGAGUUUAAAUGAAGAUAGAUUGACAUCAAAAGAGUACCUUCAGCUGAACGGAGAUUCUGGUUUCUCUCGACCUCAAGCAGUGUCGUUGCAGUUUGGUGCUUCUGGCACUUCUCAAGCUUCAAAAUCACCCUGGGUCAAUGAAGUUCAAUGUAAUGUACCUGAAUCCAAUGCAAUUCCUCAAUUCAGAGACAUCACCAAUCUGAACAACGAUUCAAAUAGCAAAGCCCCUUUUAUAAAUGACGCAUCCGCUAUUACAAUAGAACCAACAUAUAAUAUUUUGGAAACUCCUAUAAAACGCAGUAUCGAAGUUGAUGCAUCAGAUAAGUAUCAAAAACCUCCAAAGAAAAGAAUUGAAGAUGAUAAAGUGGUCCAGUCUCCCAGUAGAGUUGCUGUGACAACUCAGAAGCAUAAAGGGUCAACAGAAGAUGUUCCAAUGACGAAUGGUUCCAAAAAUUCGAAAUUAUCUUCAUUAUUUGAACCACCAUAUCCCAACAAGAAGAGCAUUGCGGAUGGAUCUACUACUAAGCCUAUUUCAGUAAAUGGCAACAAUGUGAUUGAAAGUUCGUUUCCAAAUGUUCAAAGCAACUUGUUGGAAUCAUUGGAUAAAAAUGUAAAUGAAAUACGAGAACCAAAUGACGACAGAACUUCGACAUCUACAACCUCAGGAUUCAGCAAACCGAAGAGCAAAGCUAAAGGGGAGAAGAAAAUGACAUCGCCUAAUACUCCGAAGUCAUGCAAUGUUACGCUUCAAGCUUUGCUAAGGGCGAAGAUUGAACAAACACGUAAGCCGGAUAUAGGUUGCGAUAAAGUGGCAUCCAACAAAGGCAAGCCAAAUAAGAGAAAGAUACAACCACUGUUUUCGUUAACACCAGAAAAGCGUCAGAAAUCAUCUAGCAGUUAUGAUUCAUGUAGUGAAAGUCCAAGACAGGGGUUAUCACAAGUUGGAGUUAGUAAGUCCCAACUGGCUCAAGAGUAUAGUAACUUUUUUAAGUCGCUCCCAAUUCAAUCUGGCCCCUUCAAUUUAGACGGGCUAGUUAGCCUGGAGGAUGCAGUUGCUUUUCAUUCGGCUCUUUCACUCUCGCUGGUCCAACGACUUCAAGCAAUCAAACAAAAUCUACUGAAUCAACGGAAUUUACCGUAUGUUCAACAUAACUCAGAAAGUAUCUCAAAUGUGAGCAUGUCUGAACCCCCAAUGAGUAGUCAAGAUACCGUUGCUAGUAUGAACAAGAUUUCUCCUUUAUUCCCUCAAAAUCCAUCUUCUAUUCAAGGUUCUUUUUCUGUGUCUACUAUGAAAUCCUCAUCUAAACUUAAAUCAACGAGUACAACCAGAUCAUUUACAGUAACGGCCAAUCCUGUUGAAAAAAGAGGGGAGGAGGCUUCAGUACCGAGACAUGUAACAAAAAACCAUGAAAUUUCUGCUCCCAUGGAAACUACCCAAAGAAUUUACAAUACAUCUAUAGUACCACCAGCAAGUAGUCAGUCUUCUGUUGGAGGUAGGAUGACACCACCACCAUCUCCAAAAAGGAAUCUUGAUUCCAUUGAACUUGAAAUUGAAGCUUCUGCUGUAUCUCCUGAAAAUCUCAUUCCAGUAGAACCUCCACUUCCAUCUGAAUUGACCAAGUCCCAUACUAUUUCCAAAUCAGGUUAUAGGUUUGAAAAUGCAAUUACAGGUGAAACUGGUAGAUCUGUUGAGAUAGCUAGACUUACGAAUGCCUCCAAGGCUAGUGGAAAGAUGUUUACACAGCGACGAGAAAGUAAAAAUGUCAGGAAGGAGCAAGAGUUUGGACUAGAUUCUAGUCCAACAUCUGCAAAAGUUGUUGUACAUAAACCCCAGAUGAUGGAUUCCGUUACGCAACCGUCUAGUCGGUAUUUGAAGUCUUCUCAAGUACUGUAUGAUGGUGGCAGCAAAUCAGGCUUGGAGAAGGAACCUUCCAUGGCAAAAUCGCUGAAUACUACUCCAAAAACAGGAGAACUAGAACCUGGGCAAUCAUUAAACGCUACUGAAGGAGUUCGAUGUCAAACUCUUGGAACUUUGGAACACACGAGUAUGACCUCUGUAAAUUCUGAUAAUGUUGGUAUUAUAGGUUUAACAAGUGAAGCGCCUAAUGAAAUUAUCGACUUAACUAGUGAAAUUCCAAGGAUGAAACUAGCAGAAUCGAAUGAAAAUGAAGAUACGGUUCAGCCACUCAAUGAAAGUUCGAAUAUUGACGGCAGGCUGUCUUUGGAUAUGACUGUAUCGAAGCAUAGCCUGAUGUUAAAUUCAACCUCUGUUAACCAAAGACAAGAAAGUAGUUUAAUUGUUGACCUUUCGGACUUUCAGCAGACCAGCACUUCGAUGGAGCCAACAGUAAAAUUGAGGAGGGGUUCGUUUGGUGGGUUAUUGUCAAGUCCGAUUAAACAUCUAGAGCGGAAUGAUCAAACUCAAACUCGCGAUAAACGCCUCUCCGCAUCAAUUACAACUCCAUCAAAGACAAAACUGGGUAAGGAAUUUCGUGCUGUCCCAUCCAGUACUUUGCCAUCUGCCAAGAAGGUGCCAAUAUACAGAAAGAGUUCUCCUGAGUCGGAUACAAGAUCAGGCGUAGAGAAGACACUUGCUUGGGAUGAACAGCCAUUGAGAAGACUAACACGUUCUACUAACGAACGGGCAGAAUUUUAUUUCAUAUCUGAGCAUACCAACAAAAUGGCCAGGCUUCCAGAAGUUUCGACUGCUAUACACCUUGUGAAGAAUCACUUGGUAGAUCCUGAUGAAGAUCAAGACAACAGGAACACUUAUGAUAUGGACACCGAAGGUGAAUGCAGUGGAGAUGAAAUAAACGAGUCACAAGAACAGUACGAGCAUCGGCCUCUUGAAAUGGUCAAAAACACACCUGAAAUCUUGCAUUCGAGAAGACAGGAGUAUGAUCAAAGGAGAACUGAAUUCACUACGAACGGAAAAAUCCAAAUUUCUAGUAAUUCCCUCCGGAUAUUGCUGUCUGAUACGGAAGAUGAUGUGUGA